AGCUAGUUAAGCGUCAGAGCCUAGUGGACGGAAGUGGCUGUUGGAGGCUUUAAGGUAGCUUUAAAUUCCUGCUGGCUUCGCACAUCCCUCUUUCCAGCUGGUGUCGGGCUUCGCGUGCGGAUGGCUGUGGACGUGAAGUCGCGAGCAAAGCGUUAUGAAAAACUGGACUUCCUCGGGGAGGGACAGUUUGCUACGGUUUACAAGGCCAGAGACAAGAACACCAACCAGAUUGUCGCCAUUAAAAAAAUUAAACUUGGACAUAGAUCAGAAGCUAAAGAUGGUAUAAAUAGAACAGCCUUAAGAGAGAUAAAAUUAUUGCAGGAGCUAAGUCAUCCAAAUAUAAUUGGUCUCCUUGAUGCUUUUGGCCAUAAAUCUAAUAUUAGUCUUGUCUUUGAUUUUAUGGAAACUGAUCUAGAGGUUAUAAUAAAGGAUAAUAGUCUUGUGCUGACACCAUCACACAUCAAAGCCUACAUGUUGAUGACACUCCAAGGGUUAGAAUAUUUACAUCAGCAUUGGAUUCUACAUAGGGAUCUGAAACCAAACAACCUGUUGCUAGAUGAACAUGGAGUUCUAAAGCUGGCAGAUUUUGGCCUGGCCAAAUCAUUUGGGAGCCCCAAUAGAGCUUAUACACAUCAGGUUGUAACCAGAUGGUAUCGGGCCCCUGAGUUACUAUUUGGUGCAAGAAUGUAUGGUGUCGGUGUGGACAUGUGGGCUGUUGGCUGUAUAUUAGCAGAGUUGCUUCUAAGGGUUCCUUUUUUGCCAGGGGAUUCAGACCUGGAUCAACUAACAAGAAUAUUUGAGACUUUGGGCACACCAACAGAGGAACAGUGGCCUGACAUGUGCAGUCUCCCAGACUUCGUGACAUUUAAGAGUUUCCCUGGAAUCCCGUUGCAGCACAUCUUCAUCGCCGCAGGAGACGACUUGCUGGCUCUCAUACAAGGCUUGUUCUCAUUCAACCCGUGUACUCGGAUUACAGCCACUCAGGCAUUGAAAACUAAAUAUUUCAGUAAUCGGCCAGGGCCCACACCUGGAUGUCAUCUGCCGAGACCAAACUGUCCAGUGGAGGCGUUAAAGGAGCAGACUAAUCCAUCUUUGACAACAAAACGAAAGAGAACAGAGGCCUUAGAGCAAGGUGAGACUAAUUUUUAUAAGAAAUGCAGUGGAUUCAGAAAACUCCAAAUGGCUAAUGCAUAGCUAGUGACAGAGAACAGCUAAGAAAUGUAGAUUGUGAGCUAUUUACUUUUUAUAAGUUUAAAUUGUAUAAAGUAGAUAGAAUGUGGUAUUUUAAUAUUAGCUGCUUUUGCUCCCGUUGAAGAUACUUACAUCAUACUCCUUAAAGGAAUAGGGGCACUUUUGAGUACCUCAGAGCUAUGAGAACUAUCAAUGUGUACCUUAUUCUCUUCAUAAACUCUUACUGGUACACUGUAUGCGUAAUGUUUAACAAAUGCUAUAGGAAAAAUCAAAGCAAGUAAAAUAAAUGUAAUGGGAAUGCAAUGACUGGUUAAAAUUACACAAACAAAACUGCAUAAACAUAAGAUUAAAUGUGAACGACCU